GCAGAUGGCUGGCGUGAUGGCGUGUAGUGCUUUUUCGCCUCACGCGUGUGGUUAUGGUGGUUAGCAGUAUGUUAGAUCAUAGAAUUUAGAAUGGACACUGCGUUAAUUUCGUGUUGUAAAUUGCGCUGAUGUCUAUGUCACAUUGGGGAACGUAAUUUGGCUACUGGAACGUAAUACAAAACAGCCGGCGAUCAGGCCUAGACUGCCUCCAUCGUCGUAAAAGAAAGGACCGUGCAUGGUGUCCGUGAAUCUUUACUAAGGUACUAAGGGCUGCCAGUCCUACACCUCUGGGUGACAACGCCAUGCACCGGAGGCCCAUUUCCAACGGUCUACACCUUUGGCAGCUGACCAUGCUGCGGUCAGGGAGGUGUGCUGUAGCUGGUUUUCAAUGCUCCUGGCACCCACACAGACAUUUCGUGUCAUCGUGGCAUGGGUGCGCACCACUUUUGCAGCGCCGACGGGCGCCAACUGGAACUGUGCCCUCGCACAAUAUGUUGUCCCUGGUAUUGUGCCGGCCACUGUCUGUGCCCUCCCAGCAGCUGUUCGAGAAAGAGUCCUCCAAGGUAGAAGGCACAGUCAAGGCACUCAAAGAAGCCGAGCCGUCCAGAGUAGCCGCCAAGCCAGACACGUCUGCUGCGCCUGUGCCGGUGCCACCAAAACGGCCACUUGUGAAGAGGAUCUGGGAUGAGCUGGUGCACUACUAUCACGGCUUCCGGCUCUUGUUCAUUGACAUACGAGUCUCAAGCCGGUUGGUCUAUAGGGUGCUCAAUGGUGAUGAACUGUCUCGACGAGAGCAUAAGCAGCUUGUCCGAACAGUUUCAGAUUUAUUUCGACUUCUUCCAUUUUCGGUGUUUAUUAUUGUACCAUUCAUGGAGUUCCUGCUACCAGUUGCCCUGAAAUUGUUUCCCGGCAUGCUACCAUCUACCUUUCAAACAACAUCUGAUAAGGAUGCAAAAGUGAAGAAGGAACUUAAGGUGAAACUUGAAAUGGCCAAGUUCUUGCAAAACACCUUGGAUGAAAUGGCUGUGAAGAAACGAGGCGAAACCCAUUCCCACAGCGCGAAAGAAUUUGCCGAGUUCUGUGAAAAGAUAAGAGAGUCUGGAGAAGAUACAACAAAUGAAGAAAUUUUGAAGUUUUCAAAGCUGUUUGAAGAUGAAAUUACCCUGGACAGUCUGACACGACCUCAGCUCACAGCACUCUGCCGGCUUCUGGAGCUGCAACCUAUUGGCACAAACAACUUUCUCCGAUUUCAGUUGCGCAUGAAACUGCGAAGCCUGAAGGCUGAUGACCAGAUGAUUUACAAGGAAGGCAUUGACUCCUUGACGGUGACGGAGCUGCAAGCGGCCUCCCGAGCAAGAGGCAUGCGAGCCAUGGGAUUACCCGAGUCCAAACUUCGCUAUCAGCUGGCUCAGUGGCUGGACCUCAGCCUCAAUGAAAACAUCCCUCCCUCACUGUUGUUGUUGUCGCGUGCUAUGUUGCUGUCUGAGGCUUUGCCUCCAACAGAACAACUCAAGGCCACUAUCUCUACUUUACCCAAGGAAGCGGUUACAGAGGCCAAGUACAAGAUUGGUGAACGGGAAGGGAAAGUGGACAAUCGUACCAAAAUUGAGAUCAUCCAACAAGAAGAAGAAGCUAUUAAGAAGGAAAAGGAAGAAAAUGAAGUAGCAGUUGAAAGUGAAAAGUUGAAGAGUAUUGGCCAGAAGCAUGAGGAAGAAAUCAAGGAGAUUCUUGAAGAUAAGGCUGCCGUUAUUACACAACUAGAUGAAGAUAUGGAGAAAAAGCCGCCUGAACCCAAGAAGGAGGAGCUCUCAAAGGCUGACCUCGCAGAUAUUGAGGAUGCCUUGGAAAAAAUAGCUGCUGAGAAACAAGAACUUCUUAUAGAAAAAGAAGAGCUUGAAGACUUAAAAGAGGAAAUGGCAGACUACAAGCAGGAUGUAGAAGAACUGAAGGAUGUGGCCGUCAAAACUGGUAAACGUGACAUUCAAGAAACUAAAGCAGCAAUGCGUCUUUACAGUCGUGUGAACCGUAUAAUUGGUAGCAUGGACCAUCUAAUAGACAAACUGAAUGAGGAACGGAAGUCAAUGCAGAUCAAGCUUGACUCUUCAGAAGGCGCUGCAAGUCAAAAAACCAAGCACAACCUGAUUGAAAUCAAUGACCUGCUGCUGGCUAUGCGGCGCAUCCAGAAGUCGUCUAACGAUACACGUCUCGAGAUGAUCACCGACCUUUUGGACACACUCGACAUUGACCAUGAUGGUGCUGUGAAGAUUGACCAUGUGUUAAAGGUCAUCGACACCCUCGGCCGUGAAAAUGUCAAGGUGAGCCCAGCUCAGAUGAAAGAAAUCAUUGAGCUCCUCAUCAAAGAGGAAGUCCUGCAGGCCAAGAACAAGGAGCAGCAGGCAGCCAGUACAGAUGGUGCAGCACAGCCACCUAGUUCUAAUCAUCAUGAGCAGCAGCAAGAAAACAAAAACACUUAGUGUGCUUUGGCAUUGUAUUAUACUGUAACACUGCCCUUGACAAAUGGCCUGUGUAACUAUGUUGGUUCAUUUAGGAUUAAGGGCAUCUAGAGUGAAGCAGUUUAUGACCUAGUGCGGAACAGGUUGUUUUAUUUGCGUGCAUGCAUGGAAAUGUGCACAAGAUUCAUGCGUGUGCUAUGCCUUGAAUGGAAGAGAUGAGAUGAGAAUUAUUGCUAGAUGCCUGUGUUGUUGCACUGUGCUGGUGAAACAUGCUAGACCAGUCUAUCUGUAGAACAAUAUUUUAGUUUCUUUAUUAUUAUUAUUUUUAGAAGUAUUGACACUUCAAGGUUCUGUGGUAAAUAAGCUUGUCCAUAUCUCUUCUGUGGUAUUCUUUUUUUAUCACUCUGUGCAUUAAAUUGUAAAGUUGUUUCAGACAUACCUGAUAAAACGUUUGCAUUCUUGCACAAAACAGACUGACACUUUACUAAAAGGAGUUCAGUGAUACGUGGCCUGCCUUCUUCAAAUAUUGUACAUUUCAUAAAACAGUUCUUUAAAGACAUAUUUCUUCUGGAAAAGAAUAAAAGUCUGAGGGCCUAUGUGGUAUAAUGUAUUUGUGUUUUACAAAGGUAUGAUCUGUUGUUUUGUAGAUCCAAAACAGCAAAAUUUCUGUCAAUGACUGAAUUCCUGGCAUUUUUUUUUUCCAAACAAAUUUGUUGUUCUGGUUUGCAGACUGUAAAAUUAUUGUAAGACACAUGUUUGAAUGCUGUGGUCGACAUUUAUUCAUACAUGGACAUUGUGUAGGUCCUACCUUUUGUGCUAGUAAAAAGUGAUUCUUCUUUACACUCACGUGGAUACACAUAGUAUACUGUGUGCAAAACUAUUGUGAGGGUGAUGGAUAAAUAAUGACUGCUAGAAAUCAUUCACGAAACCAAACCUGUUUGGUCCAGCUUGUUCAAUGCUAAUUAACAAGUGCACACAUCGCCUAAGAGCACUGGAAGUGUCUUUUUUGUGCAUGUUCAUGGUAACAAUGUUGUUAAUGUUAUGAAAUAAAUGCAUAAUUUAGUAAUA